UUCCUUGAGUGUUUGACAAUUGUUCGUACGCUGGUAAAAUGAAAGCAUUCGUCUUUCUAUGCGUUGUGGCGGCGGCGGCCGCGAUGCCGACAAAAGAAGAUGGGGUCAUGGAGAAGUUUGUCUCAACGCUGCGAGACUGUGUGGAUACGGAUACCAUGCUGUGUUUAAAGGAAAAAGCGAUGAAAUUCACGGAAAACUUGGCUGUGGCCAAGGAGCUGAAUCUGGUAGAUGGUGUCAACUUCGCCAGGACCGGUUCACCAAGGUCAGCCAGGAGCUACGAUCCUUUACCCGAUGAACCCAAAGCCAGGGAACUUCAGAUGGAAGAGAGGAUUAUGGACAACGUUGUGGACUUCCUGGACAGCCACGUCCUACAGCUGAGAAUGCCUAAAGCUUUCACAGAAGAUAACUCGAUUGAAGAAGAAGGUCGUGGCAAGAAGAAGAAGAAGUUGAAGAAGCUCCUCCCCAUCCUUGCUCUCAUCAAACUGAAGUUAACUGCUCUGAUCCCUCUCUUCUUGGGUAUCAUUGCUUUCGCUGUAUUCAAGGCUUACCUCCUCGGAAAGGUUGCAUUCAUCGCUGCUGCCUUCGGAGCCCUGAAAAAACUUCUUGAUUCAAAGAACAGCAAGAGCAGUGGCUGGUCAGAACCACCUCAUGAAGAGCAUGGCUGGGAAAGCGGUGGUGGUGGCGGCGGUUGGGGAAGGUCCCAGGACGCCCAAAACAUGGCGUAUGGAGGCCACAUUAAACAAGCAUAAGGCCGAAAUAAAUCGCACCUCAAGAUGUCAAGUGUCAAUUUGACAGCUGACAUCGUCAAGUUUCUUCGUACAAGUCGUUAAACGAAUUACUGUAAUGUACAGGUAUCCGAAAAACUUAUCUCAGAGGUGCGCUUAAUUCGGCAAUUAAUUUAUUAUUUAAUCAAAGAGGUUAUUUAUUAUCGACCACCGUGUAUUGUGAUUGUAUGUUUGUGUGAAUGCCACAGUAUCGAUGUUUUUGAAUAUCAUUAUGGUUAUUGCUUUAAUUUAAAUCUGUAUUAUUUUGUCUUCAUGUAUAUUUAUCAUAUUUUGUGUAGUUUAUAACUAUCAACUUCCUUGUUUUUUCUUUAUAUCAUUUUUAUACAUACAUAUAGCAUUAUAUCUUAGUAUAUAUAUGUUUUUCGUAGUUUAUGUAAGUUUAUUUUUACUAAGCAUACAAUAAUAUUUACCAAAUAUUUUAAGUUACCCAAAGAAAUAUUGUUCAUACUCAUUUAUUUUAUAUUUUCAUGUAUUUAUUUUUAUAAAUCGCAGUAUGGUUGAGUGUAACGAGUCAUAUUUAAUAUUUAUGAUUACGUUAAGUUAAAUUAUUAUUUUGCGAUGGAUCCUCGUGAAAUUAAAUGUCUACAAAUUA